UGACGUGGUGUCGCCACAGGUAUAGCUCUUAGGCGACAGGUGAGCCGCACGCAGGUAAACGCAGAGCGCCUUGUCGCACAAAGGGACAAACAACGCGCUCGUUUCACAACAAAACCGUGGAGGCGAAAGUCCAGGUGGGGCGAGGCAGGCGCUCAGGUGAGGCUUCACCGUCACCUUCCCCAUCCGACAGUCGGCUCGUUCGGGACUCCAGCGAUCUUCUGCAUUUGGACACCUUUGGCGUGCGACUUGGCCGCGUGAACCGUACGGCUGGGACAGCGACUGGCCUUUACCGACUGACGGUCGGAUUUGGGUGACCCCGACUUUUGUGGUCACCUUCUCUCCUGCUCAGCUCACACUCGCCGGCUGUUGGCUCCCAUGCCGCCCACCUCCCCGGCCGGGCUCUGACGGAACGGACACCCCCCGCUGGCCAUGGAGGUCAAUCGGACGGGACUCGGGCGUUGUGUCUGCGCCUUCUGGCUGGCGGUGGCCUUUGACGUGCUGGGCCUCGUUGUGCUCCUCGUGGGGGUCUUCGCCAACCUCUACUUCUACGACUUUCUCAUCUACGCCGGCGCCAUCAUCAUCUUCCUCAGCCUCAUCUGGUGGGUGUUCUGGUACACGGGCAACAUCGAAGUGCCUCCCGCGCUCCUCGAGGACGACGUGGGGCUGAAGAAAAAGGAGCGCGGCGUGGCGGGGGUCAUCCGGAGACUUUCUAGCCGCCUUUCCAGCGGAUUCCAGUCCACCUUCAGCAGGAGGAAGAACGACCAGCGAGCCCCCAAAAGGACUGCCCUUGGCUCGCAGUGGAGCUCGCCAGGGGACGUGCCCUUGGCGGCGACGGGCGGUGAAGUGCACACGGUGUCUGCUGCGAUCGACGGCGGGGGGCAUCUGAGCAUCGCGGGACAUUCCGGUGCCACUCAGACCUCGGCCAUAUAGAGCCACAGGACCACCUUUGCCUUGUGACAGACGGACUUUACAGCCCAGCCAAAGAUCACGGACAGAAAGCCAAGGAGAGAAUCGGACUUUACCCGGAUGGAGUAAAUCACCUGGUGAUGCCAACUCUGUUCUGCCAAACGCCCACCACAGGAGCACAAUGAGCACAAAGUGAUGGAGAUGAGAGGAAAGGGGCCUGCAGGUUUAUGUAAAUCUGAAAAUGUUUUGUAAAAUAAAACUUAUUACUUUUUUAUAAUAAGACAUGGAAU